AUGCCACCCGAAGGAGGCACGGGGGCUGGGCUACUGUCAGGUCGCCCAAGCCUAGACAGGGGAAGUCGAGAGGCAGAGGUCGGGUUCGAACCGCGGACAAUGACGAAGACGACCGGUGUCUUUGCAACAUUCCUUCUACUUUUGGUCAUCUGCAAUGCAAAACAGGCACAAGAAGCUGCCACGAAACCAAAGAAACACGAUUUAGAGCAAGUGCUCAGUGAAAUUGAAGUGAGUGAUCCAGAAUGGGAGACGAAAUGCCCAGAUGGAGAUCACGGGCAUAACAUUUGUCAUACAAAGGGGAAAAACUGGAGCGAAUUCGUUAGGAGCAUGCUACGCGCAAUGUCCAAAGUGGCAGCCUACAUUUUACAGGAGAAACACAACCAUGAUGAUGAUGAUGAAUAA